UUUAGGGCCUAGGGCUUGAUAUCUUCUCCCUCGCCUCUCCUUUCUUCUAUUCCGAGUUCGACUGUGCCCUGCUCUACGGGUAAGCCCCAUGGAAAUGGAAAUCGACGCUCCGACGCCGGUCAGAGACAGUGAUCUCUUCAAAGCGGCGGAAUCCGGAGAUUCUUCUGUUUUCCGCUCUCUUUCGCCGGAACAGAUCUCGAAAUCUCUGUCUCUCAGAGAUGACGACGGUCGCUCUCUCCUUCAUGUUGCCGUCUCCUUCUCUCACCCUGAGGUAGUGAAGUUACUCUCAGAUGCGGAUGAAUCGAAGAGUGUAGUCAACAGCAAGGAUGAGGAAGGAUGGGCCCCUCUACAUUCCGCUGCUAGCAUCGGCAAUACCGAGCUCGUUGACAUAUUAUUGAGCAGGGGGGCUGAUGUGAAUCUCAAGAACGAUGGCGGUCGGACUGCCCUGCACUAUGCUGCAAGCAAAGGAUGGCUGAAAAUCGUUCAGCUUCUGUUAUCACACGGUGCAAAGAUUAACAUCACCGACAAGGUCGGUUGCACGCCGCUACACAGGGCAGCAAGCACGGGUAAGUCGGAAGUUUGUGAACUUCUGAUUGAAGAAGGUGCAGAUAUCGAUGCUACUGACAAAGCAGGGCAAACCCCUCUAAUGCAUUCAGUGAUCUGUUUUCACAAAGAGGUAGCUUUGCUGUUGAUAAGACAUGGAGCAGAUGUUGACGUGGAAGACAAGGAAGGUUACACUGUGCUCGGCCGAGCUUCGGCCGAUUUCAGACCGACACUUCUUGAUGCAGCCAAGGCCAUGCUUGAAGGAUGAACCCUUCCUUACUCUUUUGUGAAUUUUGAUAGGUAAAGAAGCCACCACUUUGGCCCUUUUUGAUUCAAGAAAUUGUGGCAUUAUAAUGGAAACUUUAUUCUCUUUGAAUAUUAUGGUUUUAAUAAUAGUAGUUGAUUUAA